AUGGAGGAUCCAAGUGAUUCACAUCCAGAAGAAAUUCCUGGAGUUAGAGAAAACCUGGAAAACAACGACGUGGCUGCAGCAGCUGCAAGGAUUCACGAAUAUUUAGAAAGAGAAAAUAAUAUUCCACUAAAUAUCGCCAUCACAGGGGUAGCUGGUUCUGGUAAAUCCACCUUUGUUAACGCCUUCAGAGGGCUGUCCAAUGAUGAUGAGGGAGCUGCUCCUACUGGUGUUCGAGAAACCACCUCAGAGGUCACACCGUACCCCCAUCCAAACAAUCCCAAUGUUAUGUUAUGGGAUCUUCCUGGGAUCGGCACCACCAAGUUUCCAGCUAAGAAGUACCUGAAGCUUGUUGGAUUUGAGAAGUUUGACUUCUUCAUCAUCAUCUCAGCCACUCGCUUCACAGAAAAUGACGUGAAACUUGCUCAGGAGAUUCAGAAGAUGAAGAAAAAGUUCUACUUUGUUCGCUCAAAGAUCGACAACGAUAUACAAGCUGAGAGAAGAAGGAGAGACUUCAAUGAAGAGGAGACUCUGACAGAGAUCAGAGACGACUGUGUUCACAGACUCAGAGGAUUAGGCAUCAAGUCUCCGCAGGUCUUCCUGGUGUCCAGCUUUGAGCUCCACCUGUAUGACUUCAAUCUCUUGCAGCAGAACUUAGACAGAGACCUUCCUAAAAACAAGAGGGACACUCUGCUGUUUGUCAUGCCCAACAUCAACCCAGAGAUCAUCAUCAAGAAGAAAAAAGCUUUUCAGUCCAAAAUAAAAUAUUACGCUCUUGGAUCUGCAGCUGGAGCAGCUGUUCCACUUCCUGGUCUUUCUAUUGCUGUUGACCUUGCUUUGCUGGUUGGUGCUGUCACACAUUAUGUUUUUGCGUUUGGUCUCGAUGUCCCGUCUCUGAAGAGACUUUCUGCCAAAACAGGUGUGCCCUACACUGCUCUGCGUGCUGUCAUCAUUUCACCACUGGCUGCAGCAGAAAUAACUAAAGAGCUCCUCUUUAAGGUCAUGACCCACGUUAGUUCUUUCGCUACAUUAAUUGUAGCAGAGGAAGCAUCCAGAUUCAUUCCGUUUAUUGGAAUCCCAGCAGCAAUGGUUCUCUCUUUCACCACAACCUACAAAUUCCUGAAUGUUAUCCUCAGUGAGCUCGCUGAAGAUGCUGAGAAGGUGUUUGAAAAGGCUCUGGGUCAGUAA